ACGUCACCUGUGUACGCACCCAACACCUACAGGUAAAGGUGUAUGCAAAGGAGUACUGCGGGGGAAGGAAGAAUUAACGGUUGGAAAAAUUCCGGAUACCGCUGCUAUGGCCGAGUCUCAGCUUCUGUGCAUGGACGAAGAUCAUGUCAACGAAAAGAUACCCGAAUCCAAAGCAGAGUUCUACUACUGCGAGGAGCAGCGAGCCGCGCUCGAGCAACUAUUGAAGAACGGUGAUGGCGCAUUCAAGAUGCGACUGAAAGAGGACAACGUCAGAGACUUUCUAUCCGCCCGCGAGAUUAAAUGGAUUCGAAAAACUUUUGAUGAAUAUGAUCCCGAUAGUGAGUCCGAGAAGGGCGAAUACGAAAAGGCUCAGGAGUCCAAUGCAGACUCGGGGGUCCAUUCCACAUAUUGGCCUCAGAUGUCGGACACGGAUGUCCCGCCGCUUGACAUCGGCUGGCCAGGCAGCACUAGUUUCUAUAAAGGUGUGACUCGGGUAUCCGUUCAUACGCACCCACCCAAAAACAAGGGGCCCCAUAUAAAAGAGGUUGUCAGGAGACUCAUUCAAGAAUCGAACAAGGUAGUAGCCGUGGUCAUGGACCACCUUACAGACCUGCAGAUCCUUCAGGACCUAUUGGACGCAGCACUGAGACGAGGGGUGGCUGUGUACAUCAUACUGGAGGCUCGUGGUAUGCCCCACUUCCUGGAUAUGUGCACUCGUUUACAGAUCACUGCUCUGCAUCUACGGAACCUGCGUGUGCGAACGGUGAAAGGUUCUGGGCUGGCCCUGUCAUUUGGCAGGCUGCCCGGCUCUCUGUGCUCCAAAUACAUGCUGGUGGAUGGAGAAAAGGUUAUGUUUGGCUCUUACAGCUUCACAUGGAGCUCCUCUAGGAUGGACAGGAACACCAUCACAGUAAUGUCUGGGCAGGUGGUGGACUUCUUCGACAAUGACUUCAGGGAAAUGUAUGCUGUAUCUGAGAAUGUGGACCUUUACAAGGAGUUCCACAUAACCAAGCCUCCCAUGGCUGCGCCGGUACGGAAGGUGGCGGUCCCCAAGCCCCUGUUGAUGUCCACCUCCCGUUUCCAGGUGUCUCUAGGGGACUCUCGGGGGCAGGCUGACCAGAGGGUGCCUGCACAUAAAUACCACAACCCUAAGUAUUCUCUGGUGGUGGGGAACAGUCUCGGGCUCACUGGGUCCUUACAGGACCUCUCCACACUCAGAGACUCACUGGGCGGUGGACUCGAACGGAACGGACUGUCGGCGCUACUCCAUGCCAAAGGGGGCAGUAGUGUGGAACUGGACAAGGUCACUGCGAAGUCCCCCAGUUCUCCUGUGGAGGAUGAGGAGGAUGGGAAGGGAGGUUCGCAGAAGCACCAGGCCUUAGGUGGAAAGAAACAACGCAGUUCUUUCAGGCUCUUCCUGAAAGGCAGAGGAUCCAAUCACAACAAUGAGACUAUAGAGGAGGAUGGGGCCACUCCUUCAAGCCCCUCCUCCAGCCGCCCAACCCCCUCCCCUAGCCGCCCAACUCCCUCCCCUAGCCGCCCAACCCCCUCCCUUGCCCAUCGAACGCCCUCCCCUACACGCCCAAUCCCCUCCCCUACCCAUCCAACCCCCUCACUUAGCCACCGAACCCCCUCCCCUUGCAACCCAAGCCCCUCCUCCACCCGCCCAACCCCCUCCCCUAGCCGCCCAACUCCCUCCCCUAGCCGCCCAACCCCCACCCCUAGCCACCCAACCCCCACACCUAGCCACUCAACUCCCUCCCCUAGCCGCCCAACCCCUCCCUUGCCCAUCGAACCCCCUCCCCUACACGCCCAAUCCCCUCCCCUACCCAUCCAACCACCUCACUUACCCACCGAACCCCUCCCCUUGCAACCCAAACCCCUCCCCUACCCACUCAACACCCUCUCCUACCUGCCCAAACCCCUCCCCGACCCGCCAAAACCCCUCCUCUACCCGCAAAGUCUCAGAGACGAAUAGCACUGCCACUGAUGACUCAUUUGAGAUGGUAGAGAAACCAUCCCUGUUGAAAUUUAAGAACAAAAAGCCUUCAAAACUGCCUCAAAGAAGUAUGUCUCUAAUGACCCUCAACAAAGGAGAGGAUGACGGAAAGGGACACAAGAAGCCUUCCAAGAGGAACUGCAUCCAGUCCUGAGAUGAAGAGAGGGAGGACAGGAUCAUCUGGGAGAGACAGAGCCAGAGGACAUUUGAAGUAAUUGCUAUUAUCAGAUGCAGUAUUAAAUGUGGAGUAGGAGUAUAGUGACUACAUGUCAUGGCUGGAGUAUAGUGAUGACAUGUCAUGGCAGGAGUAUAGUGAUGACAUGUCAUGGCAGGAGUAUAGUGAUUUAUAGUGAUUACAUGUCAUGGCAUGAGUAUAGUAAAUAUAUGUCAUGGCAGGAGUAUAGUAAUUACAUGUCAUGGCAGGAGUAUAGGGAUGACAUGUCAUGGCUGGAGUAUAGUCAUUACAUGUCAUGGCAGGAGUAUAGUGAUGGCAUGUCAUGGCAGGAGUAUAGUGAUAACAUGUAAUGGCUGGAGUAUAGUGAUAACAUGUCAUGGCAGGAGUAUCGUAAUGACAUGUCAUGGCAGGAGUAUAGUGAUAACAUGUAAUGGCUGGAGUAUAGUGAUAACAUGUCAUGGCAGGUGUAUCGUAAUGACAUGUGAUGUAUAGUGAUUACAUGUCAUGGCAUAAGUAUAGUCACUAUAAGUAUAGUCAUUAUAUGGCAUGGCAGGAGUAUAGUAAUGUCAUGGCAGGAUUAUAGUAAUUACAUGUCAUGGCAGGAGUAUAGUAAAUACAUGUCAUGGCAGGAGUAUAGUGAUUACAUGUCAAGGCAGGACUAUAGUAAUGACAUGUCAUGAUAGGAGUAUAGUGAUUCCAUGUCAUAGCAGGAGUAUGGUGAUACCAUGUCAUGGCAGGAGUAUAGUGAUGGCAUGUCAUGGCAGGAGUAUAGUGAUAACAUGUCAUGGCUGGAGUAUAGUGAUAACAUGUCAUGGCAGGAGUCUAGUAAUGACAUGUCAUGGCAGGAGUCUAGUGAUGGCAUGCCAUGGCAGGAGUAUAGUAAUUACAUGUCAUGGCAGGAGUAUAGUAAAUACAUGUCAUGGCAGGAGUUUAGUAAUGUCAUGUCAUGGCAGGAGUAUAGUAAUUACAUGUGAUGUAUAGUGAUUACAUGUCAUGGCAUAAGUAUAGUCACUAUAAGUAUAGUCAUUAUAUGGCAUGGCAGGAGUAUAGUAAUGUCAUGGCAGGAUUAUAGUAAUUACAUGUCAUGGCAGGAGUAUAGUAAAUACAUGUCAUGGCAGGAGUAUAGUGAUUACAUGUCAAGGCAGGACUAUAGUAAUGACAUGUCAUGAUAGGAGUAUAGUGAUUCCAUGUCAUAGCAGGAGUAUGGUGAUAACAUGUCAUGGCAGGAGUAUAGUGAUACCAUGUCAUGGCAGGAGUAUAGUGAUGGCAUGUCAUGGCAUGAGUAUAGUGAUAACAUGUCAUGGCUGGAGUAUAGUGAUAACAUGUCAUGGCAGGAGUCUAGUAAUGACAUGUCAUGGCAGGAGUCUAGUGAUGGCAUGCCAUGGCAGGAGUAUAGUAAUUACAUGUCAUGGCAGGAGUAUAGUAAUUACAUGUC